UUAGACGAAGAGAUACUGGAUUCGAUGUGCAUGAUGAGCUGUCGUCAAAGCCUGGUUGAUCUGCGAUUAAAGAUCCAGUUAGCCUGUGAGAUGGACAAACGCCCAUUCGUCUACAAACAUAUCGAAUUCCCGCCAACCUAUAGAGCAGACCUUUUGCUUCUCUCAUACGACACAUAUUGCUACAAAGACAAAGAUACUGGAAAGUUGUGCGACUUGCAACUGGCAGAAUGGAGAGCCACUCCUCCCAAAACACCCAUUGAGUGCAAUGAUUGCAUACUCGGGCCUUGGAAGCUGCAACUGGAGGCACCGAUAGGCUAUAAGGAAGAUGAUGCCUCUGAUUUCUCUACGUCAACAUCAAGUUGUGGAGUAACCGGGUACGAAUACUCAAAGCCUACCCAAUACGCAACAACGAACACAAAGCGCUUAAGCAUGGAAUGGGAGAAGUUCCGUCGGCCUACACCCACACCUUGUCUAUCACCAUACAUAAUCAAGGAAGAUGACGACUGUGAAAGCAUUGCGAGAGAAAACAGCGUAUCGGCUCAUAAACUGAGAGCGGAGAACUACCUCGAUCUUCGGUGUCAUAAGCUUCCCAGUCCCGGAGCAUCAAUCUGCUUGCCUCCGAAAUGUAAGACCCAUGAGGUUGAGUAUGGAGACACAUGCACGGGGUUAAGCGACCAAUACGGAGUUUCUUCGCAACAACUUAUAUCCUGGAACCCCAUAUUCGAUGAGAAGUGCAGCAAUAUCAGGCGUUGGAGCGGAACGUCUAUUUGUGUCGGGUAUAUUGCCCCUCCUUUUCAUGGACCUGAGAUUCUCUGA